UUUUAGCUGGUAGCUCUCUACUUUUUUCCAAACUGCAGUUUUCUGAUUCAAAAUAAAAACCGAUAUUGUCAUAUGAUGUGGUUAUCCUUAUUUCCUCUAAUUUGCUUAUUUAUUAUCGAACAAGCGAUCGGAAAACUUCUGAAUAGGAAAGUUCCCGUGCCUGAUAACGAUAACACAUUACAGCAAAUACUAUACAGAUCGGGAACGCUGUAUACGAAUUCAAAACUGCCUAAUUCUGAAACCAACUGGUGGAUACCAAUACCAGGUCAGUCAUUAAAAGCAACGGUUGUACGAACUUAUAAUAGACAAGCGGAAAAGUACUAUGCCACUUACAACUUUUUCCAAACCAAUGCAAGGAGCCUAUGCAAUAAAAAUACAGUAGCAUUAAGCAGUUUGAAAACUUGCAAGUUGGAAACUCCAAUAACGCAACAUCAGGAAUGCAACAUAGCGUUUGCAUGGACCGAAAAUGAAUGGUCAACAGUGGAGAUCGAAGGCGCAUGCGACAUUAAGUCGGUAAUAAGAAAUCAGGUGAAAAUAUUUCGAAACAACUGAAUACUUUGUUAAUAAUGAAAAGGACAACGUUAAAUAUUAUUUCUCAACAUUACCAUUUUGAUAAAAGUACCGUUUUAUUGCGCAAGUAUAUGCAUGUGUGCACAUAUCCAGAAGUUUCAGCAUAAUAUUACCAUUCUCGCUAGUGUUGUUACGCUGGUAUAUUAGCAACUCUGUCACCUAUAGAAACAGCAAAAUACAGAUCUAGAAAAAUUGUCGGAAGCCACAAACUGCUAACUUUGUUUCGUC